AUGUGUCUUGUUGUGGAUGCAGUAGAACGAAUGGUUAAACUUGUUAAAAGUGAUUGCGACAAUCCAAAGUAUUGUUUGCUGCAGAAGGUAUCAGAGAAACAAUUAAAGACGUUUGGCAUUGUGCUGGCAGAAUCGGAAUUGGAAGAUGAUGAUUACAUACAUUGUGAUCUCUGCGGAGUUUAUUAUCGGGCAUCUUGUCAAUUGCAUCCUCUGUUUAUUGUAAGCGAUAGGGAAGUGCGUGAAGAUAGUAAACCAAGAGCAGAGCAAACAUUGCCUGCAUUUUUCGAAAUAAAAACUUCGAAAAUCCCUAAAGCUGGACUUGGCGUUUUUGCGAAAAUGGAUAUACCAAUAGGACUGGUAUUUGGUCCAUAUCAAGGUAUAUUAUUAUCUGAUCCAAAAAAGGCUGAUCAGAAUGGUUAUUCAUGGGAAAUUCGUAUUAGUGGUAAACCAUCGCAGUACAUUGAUGGUAGCGAUCCGAAACACUCAAAUUGGAUGCGUUACAUAAAUAGUUCCAGAUUCGAGAACGAACAGAAUUUAAUCGCCUUCCAGUACAAUGGUUCUGUAUAUUAUCGCGUGUUUAGGCCAAUUAGCGAUGGGACUGAACUUUUAGUAUGGUAUGGAAACAAAUAUGGCGAGAGUUUGGGAGUAUUGAGUGUGACACCAAGGCAUAAAAUCCCAUUGGAGAAAAAUCCAUACAUUUUCGGCUAA